AUGAUAUGGUUAGGUGCUUGUAUUCCGUCUGUUGCAUUUAUAUGGAUGACCAUUCAUUUACACUUGGACUCCAAUUCGUGUUCUAAGUCAAAACUUCGGGGCCGUUUCAAACCGAUUGCAUUCACUAAUGACCUCAAUUGGCAAAAGGAGAUGGCCAUCAUUGAUACAGAUGCAUCUACCGAUGAUCAGAUACAAAUGUAUCCCGAGAAUUUCCUUAUCAAUGAUACUUUGAAUAACAUAGUGUCAUUGAUCAUUAGAGACUUUAUAUCCAAUUGGUUCUCGAGAAUCACUACAGAUCAAACGUUCAUCAAUGAUUUGAAGAAGCAGUUUAGAGGUAUAAUCAUUAGACUUGGAAAGCGUUUGGAGAGUACUGACUUCAGUGAUUUGUUGGUUCACGGGCUGGUACCUAUCAUAGAGAAGCAUCUAAAGGAUUAUUCAAGAGCAAAGGAUCUUAUCAAGAAUAGGAAAGCAUCUGCCAAAUAUGCCACUAUGUCUUCUACCAAGGAGAUGGAUAAGGCUAUUGCUUCCAACUAUAAUCAAGGCUCAUUACAUACUGCCGUCAAAAUAGGAAGUAAAUCCAAUGAACAGGAUAUUAAAUUGUACUUGAGUGAGCAGAUAGGUAAGAUCUUGCUUCAGCUAUUGGACAAUAACGAGGUGAAUUCUCCACCAGUGCUUAUUUUAGUCAGAGAAAUACUUACCAAUUGCGUGUUCUAUCCAAUUGUAUCGAUGCUUUCUGACCCUGACUACUAUAAUCAGCGGAUUGUCACUAAAUUGGUUGACGUUAUGAAAGAUCGUGAUGAUGUUAAACGAUUCAGGAGCAUUCUUGAUCAGCAUUCAUUGUAUGCGCAGAAUUCUGACUUGCUGACUCGACAGAUACUAAAUGAAAGGCCAGAAGCCCUUCAGAAGAUGAGAAUUACGGUCAGAACAAGCAGCAAGGCGUUUGAAAAGGUGGUCAGGCAGAUUUCAAGGUGUAAUUCAGCAUCCAUUUUGAAGCAGUAUCGUUAUCUGCUCGCUUUACAACUAGAUGAUUUCGCCAAGGCCAUGGAUCUGGGAAAUUUAAAAGUUGACGAGAACAUGCCUUUAAGGACUUACAGCAAGAGACUUCAAAUUUUACUUGCUGCUGUGGACUUACGUUCUACUGCAUUGAAGUCAUCUUUGUCAUCUCCCCUCCAGGAAACGGAGUUUGAUCCUUCUACAAUACCCAAAAAUCCUGAUCUUACUCUGGAGCAGACUCUAAAGAAUCCGAUCGAGGUGCCCUAUUUUAUGGAAUUCAUGGAGAAUCGGAAAAGAGGGGUGUUAGUGCAAUUCUGGACUUCUGUGAAUGCUCUUCGAAACCCAUUAGAAGAGUUUUAUUUUGAUGAUUGCAAUACUGCUGAAGCUAAGGAGGAGGAUAGUACAGCAGCGGAGUAUUUGGACGAUGCCAUGUCGCAGGCAGAGGACCUGAGGCAGAUAUUUCGUCAGCACUUCAGCAGCAAACUAUUGGCUGUUCCCGAGCAGACUUACCAAGCGGUGUCUACGUUUGUCAAUACACAUCCUGAUAAUUCUCGAUUGUAUUAUUCGGCAAGAAAGGCACUUUUUCAAUUGCAGCAAGUUGACCUAGAGAGGAUGGAAAAGACAGAUUUUCUUGCAUUCAGACAGUCCGACUAUUUCAUUCGGAUGUUGGCUGCGGGUAAUCAGUCACAAUUAGAUGUACCGAGAGGACUACUACAUGGUGGCAGUGAUGAUGAUGAUGAUGAUGAGGUAAAUGGAGAUCCGUUGGCUAAGUAUGAUGAGGCUUUUAAAUUGUACGAUGAGUCUGGACAGGAGAAUGUUAGUGAUACAGUGCUAAAGGUUGUAGAGGAUGCACUUAACGAGAUUACUGCUAAAAAAAACAUAAUCGAUGAGGAGUCUGUUGGUCCACCACCAAGCAGUUCCUCUUCAAGUAGACUACUUAGCAAAGAUACUCACAAAGAUUUGUUUGGAUCGCCAGAAUAUGGAGAUGAAUCAGAGCUCUUCGACUACGAAUCUGAUAGUGCCACACAAUAUUCCCCUAGAAUAUUCGGUGAUAGCGACGAUAAUGGUGACACCUUGGGUAUUGACGAUGAUAGCAGUGCUUUGGAGAGUGGAGCCGCAUCGAUGUCAUCGUCCAUGGAUGCACCAUCUUCAGAAGUACGCGUUGCUGCUCCUGGAGAUUUGAACUUGACCGAUGAGAUCAACAGGCUAGAGACAGAAAAAGAAAGACUUAGGCAGCAGUUACUUAUCAUCAACUCCUUACUAAGAAAGGCUGAACUUACUAGCAACAUUACAGAAGUGAGAAUUAUGAACAGAUCCAAAGUGAGUUUAGAUAGAGAAGUUCGACUUAGAGAGCUGCAACUUCAGCAAUAUACUAUGCAGCAGAGUGAUAGCGGCCUUUACAAAAGGUCAAAGGUCACGAUUCAAUCAUAUAUAACUGCGAACGAGCAUGGCCAUGACUUUAUCUUAUACAUUAUUGAGGUUCAGCGAUUAUCGAACGAUGAUCUCAAUGUGGUUUUGGCCGGUUGGAUGGUUGCAAGGCGAUUCAGUCAGUUCUACAAGCUUCACAAAUACUUGAGGAUGAAGUAUCCGGAGGUUUGGGAUCUAGAAUUCCCCAAGAGAAUGGUGGUAAUGAAGUUUCAACAGAGUGCUUUGAUAGAGCAAAGAAAGUGUAAGUUAGAGCGAUAUCUACAGAAAUUGCUUAGCUUUGACCAAGUGUGUGCCAACAGCGUGUUUAGAGACUUUCUUUCAAGCGACGUCUUCACUUUGGACUUUGCUAACGAGCAGACUACCAGUAAUAAGACUAUAGAGAGUGUUAAUUCCAUCACUUCGUUGUAUAACAGGCUCUGGAGUCAGCUUAUGUAUUUUCAAGGAGAAACAUCAUCAGGCGAAAUGGGCUCAGAGUCUGGGGAACAUCUGCAGUCUGCCUCAUUUGCUCAGAGUUCUGGUUCACUUCGAAAGUUUAGCUCUACUCUAGAAAUGAAAAGAGAACUAUCCAGUUUAGAUGAGGCUGAAAAUUCCGAAUCACUCGUCAAUGAUUUCAUCGAGGACGAAGAGAAGGCAGAAGAUGGAGAGGAAGAAACCAAGCCCCUGAAUUUUCCUUUUGUAAAACCGCUUUGUGAUCUUACCGUUACGUUAUUCCAAUUGGACAAGUCAAAUAUCUGGCUACGAGGCCGUGCUUUGGUUAUUAUUCUUCAGCGAUUACUCGGAUCAACUAUUGAGAAGGUCGUUCGAACUACUGUGGACGACCGUUUGAAAACAGAAUCAACGAUAUUUUCCAUCCUUUCUGGACUUCAGAAUGUUCUCUGGCCCGAUGGAGAAUUUAGAAAGCAUAGCAAAGAAAGAACCCUUACGGAAAAGUCAAGAACAAAACAGAAGGCUCGGUAUAUGCUUGUCACAUUCAUUGUAGACUCCUGUUCGAGGGUGUUCGGCCGGCAGGGGUCGAAACGGGCUGCUGAUCUUUGCUUUGAUUCAUUUCAGAACGAGUUACUAAACAAGCACUUGACGCUAACUUUGCUAGACGAAAUAUUUAAGGAAUUGUUCCUUACGGAGAAGGAAACUUAG